CUGUACACCAGAGGGCGCCAGCGACACCUUGGGCUGUCCAACUUCCGCCAGGCAGCAAGAAGAAGACCAAGAAGGUCGCGGGCUCCGAUUUUGAACCAAGAAAAACAGCCGCACGUGGAACUAAAAUGUCCGACGGGGAUAAAUUUCAAGAUUUUGAGGAGACCCUGGAAGCACUUGUGGCCGUCAGUAGCAGUCAAGCUGACAAACUGGAACAAGUAAAGAGCGAUCUUCAGGCCUUUUUGGACCAGCAUGUGGAGAUCAAGAAGGUCAUGAUGCAGAUUUUAAAAGAUGUAGCUCAGGAGGAGGAGAAUGUUGGCCAGAGACUCCUUGACAUGAAGGAGGAGAAGAAGCUAAGAGAGAAAGAGCUGGAUGGUCUGGAGGAGCAGCUGAGGCGGUGCACGGCCAAGAGCCAGACCAUGGACUCAGAACUGCAGUUUCUGCAAGGUGAGUUGGAAAGGCUGAGGCGCUCAGAAGAAGAGAUCAACGCUCUUAGGAAUGAGGUGGACGAAGACACCACUGAGGUCAUCCCAUCUGCAAUUUAUGUUGCUAAGCUGUUCCACUUAAUAACGAAGAUCAAGUGGGAAUAUGACACAGAGCCACACAUCCUCAAAGGAGUGCAUUAUGGGCCAGACCUGGCCACUCCCAUCCACCUUGACACCUCCGUGGUAUCCCGUAGUGACUGUUUUCGGUGGCGGCUGGAGCUGACCCUUGACUCCUGACCAGUCGGCCAGGACGAGCGACAAACAAAAUACAGUGGAUACGUAGUAUGUCAAUCACAGUUUAUUUAAAUUCACUUCAUUGAUGAAAAUAUUCUGUAGAGUACAAAUAACAAUACAGUCUUUAUUCAGUGCACAUGUAACAAUGACAUCAUUUAUGAUUUUUGGAUCGCACCAGAGCAUACAUAUUUACACACCAAACACUACAAAUCCCCAAAUAGACCUUUUAAAUAAAGCGGCCAUUUUGCUUUUUUCUCUUGCUACAAUGAAAUGCAUGUUGACAGUGCGGCCUGCAGAUUGCUGCCGUGUCAGACAACCUCUUGCCCCUUUCCCAGAAAAGCUGCAUAAGAACACGAGGACCGACAAAGUUGUCACGCUACACGAUACUGUCGGCCCCUUGGAAGCCGUAAAACAAACCGCCGUCGGCAGCGUAGUCCCAUUCAGCCGGGCAUCAGCCAUCGGCGUACGGUAAAAAGAAUCUAGAGAACCACAUGACGUCUUCAGUGCGUCUCCAGGCGGCCAAGUUGCAGAUGUGGGUUGGGGUGUGGGGGGGGCUCUACCCUGCAUUGCUCCUGACCAAAACUCAGAUGGCAGAAAUUACAAGGUUUUUGGCCGCAGAGUCUGGGCGUGGAUGUUUGGAACAACAUAUGAUUAUCCGCUACACACGGCGAGGAGAUAGGGAUAAAUCUCGUACUCUUGGCUUGGAUGGACAGCAUGAUUGGCUGGAAUUUAUGUUGAAACGGGUGAUCACCCCCCCUCCCCCCCCCCCCCCCCGGCCCCGUGGAGGCUCAACAAGCUCUUGUUAAGGUUUGUAAGGAACCAUAAUAACCAGCUCGUAGACAUGCUGCAGCGCUGCGUCACAGCUUACUGCCCAACAAGCAUAUUAUUUUUUUGAACUGUGGUCUUUGCUAUUUUUCCCCCCUAAUAUUUCAACUUUCUUUUUAAAGAUCCAUAAUCGGGAAAAAAUGGAAGGAAACAAACAAAAUCUUUUCAUAAUAUUCUGACUAUAUUCCCAUUGGGCUUUAUUGCCAUAAUAUUGUAACUUUUCCCCCAACUAAGUUUUCCAGAAAUGCCCAAGUUCUUUUUCUUUUGUUUACAUUGCAAC